UGACGUCGGCACGCUCGGACGUCAUCGCGGCGAGCGGCGGCGGCGGGGGGAGGCCGGGUCAGGGCAGGCCGCGGUGGGGCCUGCGCAGCUGAACCGGUACCGGCGUCGGAGCCGUCGCUCUCCGCGGGUCCGGGUGGGGUUGAGGAGCGGCGGGGACAACCGGCGGGGGGUGGGGGGAGGAGGUGGUGUCGCCCACCGGCCCCCGCCGCCCUCCAAGGCACCCGGCAGCGGCGGGCGGCCGUCGGGGAUGUCCUACAAGCCCAUCGCUCCCGCCCCCGCUACCCCCGGAGCCGCCAGCGCCAGCCCGGCCCCACCGGGGCCCGCACCUCCCGCCACGAGUGUCCCGUCGCCCUCCGGCUCCGUCCCCGGUGCCGCCGCCCCGUUCCGGCCCCUCUUCAAUGACUUCGGGCCGCCGUCCAUGGGCUACGUGCAGGCGAUGAAGCCCCCCGGGGCACCGGGCUCGCAGAGCACCUACACCGACCUGCUCUCGGUCAUCGAGGAGAUGGGGAAGGAGAUCCGGCCCACCUACGCCGGCAGCAAGAGCGCCAUGGAACGGCUGAAGCGGGGCAUCAUCCACGCCCGGGCGCUGGUCAGGGAGUGCCUGGCAGAGACAGAGCGCAACGCCCGCACGUAACGGCAGCUGUCAACCGGGACCCCCACCCCCCAACACCCUGCUCCGGGACCCCCCGGUGUCAGCGGGGGGGGGAGGGGGGGGGGGGGGGCCGCCGUGCUGCCCCCGCCCCCCCUUCCCCUCUCCGUGCUCUCUGCUCUCUUUAUAAAUGCGUGUUUUUAUAAAUAAAGGACGUGGCUGGGACUCUG